CGCGGCAGCGACGGCGCGCCAUUGGUGUCAUGCGAAGAUGGCGGCGUCCAGGGGAAGCUGAGAGCCGUGGGAGGUGGUGGGACACUUCCGUACAGCACGAGCGUGCGGCUUUGGGAGCGGAGGGAAGGCCCCUUCGCCCGGUGUUUCCUGUACUCAGGUUCGCGCCGCGCAUCCUCCCAGGCCGUCCGAGGCGAUGUGGAGGAGCUGCCUCCGGCUGCGGGAUGGGGGCCGCCGCCUCCUGAACCUGCCGCCGGCUGGACUCACCGCCUCAGUCCCCCGGGCCCCAGCCCGGGCCUACGCCCCUCCGACAGAAAGGAAGAGGUUUUAUCAGAAUGUCAGCAUCACACAGGGUGAAGGUGGCUUUGAAAUAAACCUGGACCACAGGAAGCUGAAGACUCCCCAAGCCAAGCUAUUUACCGUCCCCAGCGAGGCCCUGGCCAUCGCAGUGGCCACCGAAUGGGACUCCCAGCAGGACACCAUCAAGUUCUACACCAUGCACCUGACCACUUUGUGCAACACGUCCUUGGACAACCCAACCCAGCGAAACAAGGACCAGCUGAUCCGGGCGGCUGUGAAGUUUCUGGACACAGACACCAUCUGCUACAGGGUGGAAGAGCCAGAGACACUAGUGGAACUUCAGAAAAACGAGUGGGACCCGAUCAUAGAAUGGGCAGAGGAAAGGUACGGCAUAGAGAUCGGCUCCUCCACCAGCAUAAUGGGACCCAGCAUCCCUGCCAAGACGCGGGAGGUGCUCAUCAGCCACCUGGCUUCUUACAACGCGUGGGCCCUGCAAGGGAUUGAGUUUGUGGUGACCCAGCUCAAGUCCAUGCUGCUGACCUUGGGCCUGGUUGACCGGCACCUGAUGGUGGAGCAGGCUGUGCUCUUGUCCCGCCUGGAGGAGGAGUACCAGAUCCAGAAGUGGGGCAAUGUGGAGUGGGCCCACGACUAUGAGCUGCAGGAGCUGCGGGCCCGCACCGCUGCUGGCGCCCUGUUCGUCCACCUCUGCUCUGAGAGCACCACCGUCAAGCAUAAGCUUCUGCAGGACUGAGGCCUGGGUGCAUCGGCCUGGUGAUGGGGGCUACUCGGCACAGCCAGGAUUCCUCCGGCCCCGGGGCUCCCUGACCUGUGCGGUUCCCUGGCCCGGGGCCUCCCUGACCUGUGCAGUUCCCCGGCCCGCGGGCUCCCUGACCUGUGCGGUUCCCCGGACCUGUGGGGUACCCUCAGCCUGUGACUUCCCUGGCCUUUGGAGCUCAGCCUCACUCGGGGUCACCCUGAAUGUGCGAGAGACAGUGUAGCUGCCCAGAGGUCAGUUCCAUUCCACACCAGACGCCCGGCCUGGCCAGCAGUGAAUAAAGAGGAUGAGUUGUACAAGCGA